CUUUAAUGUUUCCAACCUUAGUACGUCGCUCUUCUACUCUUGUACAUAAAGUACUUAACAGUUUCCAGACAACAGGUGGAUACGAUAAACAUGUCCUUCCAGGGCUUCGUAUUGUUAAUGCUGAAGAAGGUCGAGUACGUGCAGAAUUUAAGGUGGAAAAACAUCACUUAAACCGUUUACAUUCAGUUCAUGGUGGUUUACUAGCAACAGUUGUUGAUAUUGGUGGAUCAUUGGCCUUAGCUUCCAAGGGAUUAUUCGCUACGGGUGUUAGUACAGAUAUCAACAUUAGUUAUAUCUCAGGUGCCAAAGAAGGAGAAAUGAUUACAGUAGAUGCUAUUUGUGAUAAACUUGGAAAAACUCUUGCUUAUACUUCUAUAGAACUUUCUUCUAAUGGUCGAAAAGUUGCUCAAGGAAGGCAUACUAAAUUUGUAGCCAAAGCUUAUCAACAUCCAGAAAACGAAAUUAGAAAUAAGUAGAAGAUAUCUUAUUGUUGUUAUUUGUAUUAAUAGUAGACAGUGUAUUGUAUAUGAAAUAAAAAGAGUUCAUCUUAUUCAAAGGAUUGAAA